GUAUGUCACUAUUUGACAUUUACUUGAUUUUUUAUUAAUUCGCGUGCCGCGUCUACGUUAGAACGUGAUUAAAAUAAUACUAUCGAUUCCGGUGGACGUAAAUGAAAUCGGUCGUUAUCACCAGUGCUGAAAAUGUUGAAACCUCUGCUGGACGGGUUCUGGAACGAGCAUGUGUGGUUACCGCCUAACACUACGUGGGAAGACAUAGCUCCAGGUCCCGAUAAGGCAGUGAAAUAUACAGAUCACACACACAUUUGGUAUCCAAUACCGUUAGCAUUCGUGUUUAUAGCUCUACGAUAUGUGCUUGAAAAGCAUGUGUACGGACCGUUCGGCAAGUCCCUGGGCAUCAAGGACACGAGGCCGAAGAAGGCACAGGAUAACCCCAAACUGGAGGCGGUAUACAAAGCCACGCCGCGGAUAAAACAGAUGACAGCACUGGCGAAGCAGUUGGACAUGUCUGAGCGUCAUGUGGAACGGUGGUUUCGACUCAGGCGUAGUCAAGACAAGCCUUCUACCCUCACCAAGUUCUGCGAGAACUUGUGGAAGAUGACCUUCUAUAUUUGCAAUUUCACGUUCGGUUUCUACGUGCUGUGGGAUAAAGAGUGGCUGUGGAACAUCGAUCAUUGCUAUAUUGGAUAUCCUCAUCAUGGUGUCACAAACGACGUUUGGUGGUACUACAUGAUCUCGUCGGCGUUCUAUUGGUCAUUGACCAUAUCCCAGUUCUGGGACGUGCGCCGCAAGGACUUCUGGCAGAUGUUCGUACACCAUAUCGCCACUAUCUUGUUGCUCUGCUUCAGCUGGGUCUGCAACCUGCACAGGAUAGGCACGCUCGUGUUGCUAUUGCACGACUGUGCUGAUAUAUUUGUAGAGGCUGUGAAAGCUGCGAAAUAUGCCAAUUACCAGAAGCUGUGUGACACGUUAUUCUUCGGGCUGAUCAUAACGUGGGUAGGAACUCGUAUUGGAAUAUACCCCUUCUAUAUCAUCUGGAGCACGUCUAUCCGCGCGCCGAUGUUGCUGCCAAUGUUUGCAGCAUACUAUAUCUUCAACACGCUGCUUUGUCUGCUACUGGCGUUGCACGUGGUGUGGACGUGGCUCAUAUUGCAGAUAGCUUACAUUACUAUCAAAGCUGGACAGAUGGAAGGCGACAUUCGUAGUUCAUCUUCAGACGCGAGCGACUCGCCUCAUACACCUAACCACAUACAAAAUCACAAAAAGAAAUAGACUGAUACUAACCUGGAUAAUACAUUAUACGUCGCAGAGUUGACGUCAUAUACUGCCACAAGAUUCUAAACAAUCGAAUUGGUAAUUGUUAUAAAUUUUGCUCCUAUUAGGAUUAUUCAAAUUUGUACUCUAACAUGCGGAUUACAAGGUCGACAAUCCUAUAACGAAGAAUUAUAUAUUGAUUUUUACGACAGCGCGUCAGUUUGCAUAUAUUUUCGAUUUAGAACUCUUACGGCAACGCAUUAAGAUAUAAAUCAAAUUUAGAAAUUUGAUAGUUUUGUAUUCCUUGACGUGCUGUCUACUAAAUAAUUUUGAGCAAUAGCACUAUGUUAUUCUUGGUAAAAUAUUAUUCAGACUUUUCAAGUUAACUUAUUAACUGAAGACGUUUAAUAUACCUCAUAUUUAAUCAGUUUUUAUGUACGACAUUUAAAGAAACAGUUGAAAUGAUAAAGCCCGCUUUACAAUACAUUAUAUCUAAUACGGACUUAUCAUAAUGUCAUACCGUUCUCUCUUUCUAUUAAUCUACAAAAGAGAGAUAUGGGGAUACGCUGUAUUCAUAAAUAUAGUUUACUAAAAUAUUUUUUCCAACACAGUGUGAAAACUUAUGGAUAUAUUUAUAUUUUAUUAAUAAAUUACGAAGAUACAUGUUUCAUAGUUGUACGAAAAAUAACGUUAAGUAAAUAAAACGAGAAAAAUAAAAACGUUUUUGUAACCCAAAAUAUACUCAAUAUUUUUUAUGUAAGUACUACAUAUUCACUUUUAAACUAGUACUACAUACCUAUACAACUUGUUUUAAACAACUUUCAUAUUAUUUAAAACUAAAUAAUCAUACUCCAUAAUAGGUUGAGAUAAUACAAAACUGGACCAGUUGUGUACUAAUUUUUUUUAUAAGUAUAAACUUCCUAGAAACAUAUAUUUAUUAUACAUAAUUAGGCAUAUGUAAUUUCAGUACCAAAGUUAUAAUAUUUAUAAUGAUCAGUAAUUGGAGUAGGUAGAUUAAAUUGGGAUCAUUGAUCUGAAAUAAAAAUAUUAUUAUGGACAUUCCUUUAGAAUUCAUUGAAUAUUAUGAAAAAUGUCUUAUCCAUGUUCUUCUUUCUAUGAACAUUUAUGAUACAAUUAUUGUACCAAUAAUCAGUCUGCCUACUCUAAUCAAUCACUUGUAAUUGCUUAUCUAAUUAUAAGGAAAAACAACUUAUACCAAGUUGAUUUAUUUUCAUAUGAAGGGUGUUUUAUUAUUUCAUGUUUAUUUAAAAUAUCGACUCUGCAUUUGCAUAACUGCAUCCGUGAAUGAUUCUGUAUAUAUGUAUCAUCGUCAUCUAACAUGUCUACUUCCGUGGGCACAGACCUUCCCUACGGAUGGAAACGAAUCGAAUAGAGAGAUUGGGCCAUGCACCACCACGCGGGCCCACUGCGGAUUUGUGGGUGUUAACAACUAGAGAUACAAUCAGCAUCGACGGUUUUACGUGCCUUCCGAAGCACGGAGGAGCUCUUAUUAAUAAAUUUUUAGUCGUUCAUCCUAUGACCGGUCCUUGCGAAAGUUACUUAACUUACUAACUUCUGCGCUAUCGAGCUCCUCACUCCAUUUCCAUAUUCAAUGCUUCCGUUUAGUGAAACCUUAUCUAAUCUGAUAUAUCUUAUUCAUUUUAUGUGAUAAGUCAUGCAUUCAUAAUCCUACUUAAACAUUAAUGGGAAUAGUUUCCCUAUAAGAUAAAAUCGGCUAACUAGUAUGAUUUCACCACAAAAAUGACAAAUAUCAUACUUUAAUAAUAAUAAUAAAUACUUU